AUGGAGCUCAAAGACCUCUCGAGCAAUUGGAAGAAACUCCAGGAGCAACUGAAAAAAGGAAAGGAAAAAGAAAGCGGACCCGGUUCAACCUCGUCCUCUAAGCGCAAGAUCUCCGAUUCCGAGCCGCAGAAUGCUGUGAAGAGAAGGAAAGCGGAGAUCCCUACUGAGAAGAAAACCGCGAAACAAAAGAAAUCGUCCAAGCCGGGGAGGAUGUCCCAGGUUGCCGGGUCCGAAGGGACCCAGGAGGUGAAGAAAAUAGAGACGGAGGUUGUGUCGCGGCGAAAUUCUACGGCCUCGACUGAGAAGGGGGAACCGCGAAAUGGGCAGGUGAAUGAGGGUCGUUCUCCAACAGCCGAAAUAGGCAAAUACCUCGCGAUCGAUUGUGAGAUGGUGGGCGUUGGCCCAAAUCCCGAGGAGGAUUCGGCCCUUGCGCGUGUCUAUGACUCUUUCGUCAGGCCCAAAGAGAAGGUCACGGACUGGAGGACACAUGUGAGCGGAGUUUCACCGAAAGACAUGGCCAACGCCCGGUCGCUGGAGGAAGUCCAGAAGGAUGUCGCCGAAAUAAUCGAAGGCAAGAUCCUGAUCGGCCAUGCAGUGAGGAAUGACUUGGAAGCCCUCCUGUUAAGCCAUCCAAAACGUGACAUACGAGAUACAAGCAGGCAUCCGCCGUACCGAAAGCUUACCGGAGGCGGUUCCCCGCCGCUGAGAGUGCUGGCUGCGGAGCUGCUUGGAUUGAAGAUCCAGGAAGGAGCCCAUUCGAGUGUCGAAGACGCGAGGGCCACGAUGCUUCUUUUCAGACGAGAUAAGGAGUCGUUUGAUCGGGAGCAUGCAAAGAAAUGGCCCGUGCGGGUCGUGAAGGAAGGCGAGGACAAGGGGAAACCGGCGAAGAAGAAGAAAAAGACCAAGAAGAAAAGCAGAAAGAGAUGA